AUGCCUUCCUGGAUAUCGCGAGCCACCGAGUCCCACAAUGCUCAGCUUAUCACGACUGCUGCCGUUUCAGGCUUCGUCGUUGGAAGUGCCAUUAUUGGAUUCCAGAAAGCUCGACGCAUGACGAGGGUUGCGGAUCUGAAAGCAUCGAUCCCAGAUCUCAGUGACGAUCAUCGCGCAUCCAGACUGACCGAAUAUGGCGCUGCUUCGAAUGUCUUUGCUCCAAGUAAGGAGGAUGAACGGAGUAUGGCAUUAGCCGCAAGAGCAAGAAAAGGCGACUAUGACGAUGAUCUCAUCCUUGAACAACUGGCAAGAAAUAGAGUGUUUCUCACAGACCCUGGACUCGCAAAGUUAAGGGGCGCUUUUGUAAUUGUAGUCGGGUGCGGAGGCGUCGGGUCACACGCAACAGCUGCACUCGCUCGCUCGGGAUGCUCGAAACUAAGGCUUAUCGAUUUUGACCAGGUUACUCUGUCUUCCCUCAACCGCCACGCAGUUGCUACUUUGGCAGACGUUGGAACGCCCAAGGUACACUGUCUCCGAAAACGACUUGAGCAGGUUACUCCAUGGACACACUUCGAAUGUCGCAAUGAACUAUUUGGAGAGCAAACAGCGGCAGCACAACUAGCACCCUUAAAUGGCCAGCAGCCGGAUUUCGUCAUCGAUGCCAUCGACAACAUUGACAGUAAGGUUGCACUUCUAGCAUACUGCUACAUGAACAACAUCAAGGUCAUAUCUUCCAUGGGUGCAGGUUGCAAGUCUGAUCCUACAAGGAUCUUCAUCGGCGACAUCUCCGGAAGCACAGACGACCCGUUGUCAAAGUCCACAAGAAGGAAGUUGCGCUUGAAGGGCGUCAAGGAUGGCAUACCAGUCGUCUACUCUACUGAGAGGCCCGGUCCUGGAAAGGCUGAGCUUCAGCCUCUCUCAGAGGAGGAGUUUGCCAAAGGCAACGUUGGGGAGCUGGGUGUUCUCGCAGACUUCCGCGUACGAAUCUUGCCCGUUCUAGGUACCAUGCCAGCCAUCUUCGGCCUCGCUGUCGCGAAUCACGUCAUUCUUUCUAUCGCCGGUUAUCCUCAUGAAUACCUGCCGUCAAAGUCUCGCGACAAGAUGUACGACGGAAUCUUGGGUGCUCUGCAAGGUGCCGAAGAACGGCUAGCCCGAGCAGUCUUCAGCGAGGAUCCACUGGGCCUCAAGAUCCCCAUCACACAGGACGACGUGGGCUACCUGGUAGAAGAAGUGUUCAAUGGCCGAAGCAUCAUCAGUGGAUUGUCCACACGCCUAGCCUUGACACGAUGGAACAAGCCUACCCAGAGCUUUAUGAAUCAGAGCACACCAGGUCAAAAGAGCAGUAACCUCCAAAUGAAGGACCUGGUCCUUAUGACCAAGGAAGAGGUGACAAAGCAUGAAAAGGAAGUGUUGAAAGGUGAAAAGAGCCUGGAGGAAGUCUAUGACGCUGAAACGAUUAAGCGUGUAAACGAGAGAAUGACAGAGGAAGAGAAGUUCCAACGCUUCAGGUAA